UAAGUAUCGCCGCCUGAUCACCACAUCACUCCCACGCACAACGACCUCAAUCGACCUCUGAGCAGCGCACAUCCAUGGCGCGCUUCCUCAUCGCCCUCCUCGCUGCCGCCCUAGUCGCGGUUCAGGCUGGAGGGCAGCUGGGCCACGCGGCGCCGGCAACGGCCGAGGUGUUCUGGCGCACCGUGCUGCCGCACUCGCCAUUGCCGGACGCCAUCCUCCGCCUCCUCCGCCCUGCAGCAGCAGACACCAGCAGCUUCGUGAGCAAGGCCGAGGAGCGGCCCCCCUUCGACUACCAAGACUACAGGCGCUCGUCGUCCGGUGAUGGCUCCAGCAAACGCACAGGCGCUGCUGCCCGAGCAGGUGAUUUCGACUACGACGACUACCGCGGCGGAGGCGCCGCCGACACGCCUUACGGGUACAGCUACAGCAAGCAGGCACCGAGCACAAACCAAGCCGAGGAACGCCGUGUCGCCGCCGCCGACACCCCAUUCGGGUACGACUACAAGGCGCCGAGCACAAACCAAGCAGGGGAGCGACUUGCUGGCGCCGCUGCCGACACACCUUUCGGGUACGACUACAAGGCGCCGAGCACGGCUAUGGGUGGCGGCCAGGCGGCGGAACCGACGAAGACCAAGGUAUUCUUCCAGGAGGAGUCCGUGCGCGUCGGGGAGCGUCUCCCGUUCCACUUCCCUCCCGCCGGCACCUCGGCCCCGGCGCUGGGCUUCCUGCCGCGCCGCGUCGCCGACUCCGUCCCGUUCACGGCGCCCGCUCUACCAGGCGUCCUCGCGGCUUUCGGUGUCGCGCCGGGCUCCACCACGGCAUCCAGCAUGGAGGCGACGCUGCGCGCCUGCGAGACGCCGACCAUGGCUGGGGAGUCCAAGUUCUGCGCGACGUCGCUGGAGGCGCUGGUGGAGCGCGCCAUGGGAGUCCUGGGGACACGCGACGUGAGGCCGGUGACGUCGACGCUGCCCCGCGACGGCGCGCCGCUGCAGACGUACACCGUCCGCGCCGUGCAGCGGGUGGAGGGCGGCCCGGUCUUCGUGGCGUGCCACCCAGAGCCUUUCCCGUACACCGUGUACCGCUGCCACACCACCGGCCCGUCCAGGGCGUACAUGCUGGAGAUGGAGGGCGCCGUCGACGGGGUGACCAUCGCCACCGUGUGCCACACCGACACGUCAAUGUGGAACCCGGAGCACAUCUCCUUCAGGCUCCUCGGCACCAAGCCCGGCGGCACGCCGGUCUGCCACCUCAUGCCCUACGGCCACAUCAUCUGGGCCAAGAACGUGAAACGCUCGACGGCUUGAGCUCCCGGCCAGCUCGGUUCUCUCGCUGAUCGAUUGUACUUUUAUCUGUAUCUCUACCUACGUUCUUGUCCAUGCCACCUGCUUUACUGCUGUAGCUCGACACUAGAAGAUGAUCAUCAUUUGCCAGAGCAGAGUUUAUAAUAAAAGAACAGCAUCUGCAGAGCUGUGUUUAUUGA